AUGAACUCCCUGCUUCAAGCCUUGUUCUACACACCCGAGUUCCGGCUGGCCCUGUAUGGGUUCGAACACAGCCCCGAACUCCACGGGGAAGCCAGCAGAUGUAUCCCGCUCCAACUGCAGAAGCUCUUUGCCGAGCUCCAGCUCUCCGUCGCGGGCGCUGCCUCCACGAAGGAGCUGACAGCGGCAUGCGGUUUUACAGGCCGCGAUGCUAUGCAGCAGCAUGAUGUGCAAGAACUUUGUCGGGUUCUUUUCGAUGCUCUGGAGAGGUCCUCAUCCCUUUUGGCCGACACGAUUCGCGAAUUGUAUGCUGGCAAGGCUACGUCGUACAUCAGAUGCAAAGAGGAGAUCAACGGCAAAAUCUACGAAAGCGCACGCACAGAGAAGUACAUGGAUCUGCAGGUGCCCAUCCAGGACUGCCGCAGCCUCGAAGAGGCAUUGCGCAAGCUGGUGGAGCCGGAGGUGAUGGACGGGGACAACCGAUGGCUCUGCGAGGACCUUGGUCAGAAGGUUGAUGCGCUGAAAGGCUUGACUAUAGAGAGCUUGCCGAAGAUACUUUGCGUGCAGCUGCUGCGGUUCGUUUUCGACGUGGAGACCAUGCGGCGCAAGAAGCUGUCGGACGUGGUCGCGCUGCCUUUGGUCAUAGAUUUGGCUUUCCUUACUCCAGCACAUGGCGGCACCUGCCUGUAUCAAUUGGCCGCCGUUUGCCUCCACAGCGGGACGGCUCAUGGUGGCCACUACCACGCCUACACCCAGGAUCCAUGCAGUGGUACGUGGAGGGAUUGCAACGACUCGCGCGUGCAAGUGCUCAGUCAGAGCCAGCGUUCAGCACUUUUUGGGCCUGCAGAGGGCGAGCAACACCAGGCGCUGCACUCUUCAGAUGCGUACUUCUUGCUGUACCGACGGGCCGCUGAAGGGACGACAGUUCCCGCAGUGCAGGACGGGUCGCGUAGUCAGCGCCUCCUUCUUGGAACCUUCAGUGACCUCAAGGACGAUGCCAUCCCGCCGAGCCUUCGUGACAGCGUCUUAGCGGAGAACCAGCACUUGACGCGCCUGCAGCGGGCCUAUGAUCUUCAUCGGAAGCUCAUGGAGGUCCGAGUCUUCCUGCCCAUGGCCGCAGACCGUGCGCUGCAACACUAUGCAGCAGUGCAGCUCGAGGCGUUGGGCGUCGCGGCGCCGGAGGCAUCGCCAGAGAUGUCCGUGACAGUGAAGACCUCCAACCAGCGGCAGCCUGGCACAGUGCUGAGGAAAGCCCUGCGCUUCGACGGCAAGCAGGGAACGCUUUGCAAGAAAGCUCUGGGGUCCUUGGACCACGCCUGGUGCCGUGACGUGGACAUCGCUGCACUGAACUGUGCAAGGCUUCGCCUCUACGACCCCUGGCGUGGGCUGCCUGGACGUCCGCUGGGGGACGGACCCCUUGGCGACUGCCUGGGGAAUUCCGGCACUGUCAUCAUGGAGUUGCCGAAUGGUUCAGGCAGCCCGGCAGGAAAGAAUCCAGUUUCAGAUGGAUUUCGCCUGCCAAGCAGAAGGAGGGUCAAGAGCCUCGAGGCGGAAACCAAACCAGCGCAUGACCCACGCGCAUGA